CUGGUGAGCCUCCAUUGAUAAAAGGCUGGCUUCCUUAUCUUGGAGUGGCCCUGGAAUUCCAAAAAGAUCCAUUAGGCUUCAUGAAAACUCUUCAAAAGCAAUAUGGUGACAUCUUCACUCUUCAGCUUGGGGGGAAGUACAUAACAUUUUUUCUGGACCCUUUCCAGUACCAUUUGCUGCUGAAAAAUCACAAACAAUUAAGUUUUCAAGUGAUUGGUAAUAAAAUAGCAGCAAAAGCAUUCUGCAUCAAGAUGUUGGCGGAAUGUGAUGACCUGAACCAUGAUCUUCAUGUCGCUUAUCAACAUUUACAAGGCAAAUCUUUGGACAUACUCUUAGAAAACAUGCUCCAGCAUGUAAAAAAAGUGUUUGAACACCAACUAUUAGAAACCACAAAUUGGAACAUGGCCUACAUGUUACAGUUCUGCAGCUCAGUAAUAUUUGAGAUCACAUUUACAACCAUGUAUGGAAAAGUUCUUGCUGAUGACAGGAAAAAAAUUAUCAAUGAGCUAAGAGAUGAUUUCUUAAAAUUUGAUGACAAAUUCGCAUACAUAAUAUCUGACAUACCCAUUGAGUUUCUAGGAAAUGUCAAGUCUAUGCAGGAGAAAAUUAUCAAAUUCUUGACAUCAGAAAAAUUGGCUAAGAUACAAGGAUGGUCAGAAGUUGUUCAAAGGAGGCAAGAUAUUCUGGAGAAAUAUUAUGUGCGUGAGGACUUUGAAAUAGGAGCACAUCAUUUUGGCUUUCUCUGGGCCUCUGUGGCAAACACUAUUCCAGUUAUGUUCUGGGCAAUGUAUUAUGUUCUCCGGCACCCAGAAGCUAUGGAAGCACUGCGUGAAGAAAUUGACCAUUUGCUGCAGUCAACAGGUCAAAAGAAAGGGUCUGGAUUUUCCAUCCACCUCACCAGAGAACAAUUGGACAACCUGGUCUGCCUAGAAAGCACCAUUUUUGAGGUUCUUCGACUAUGCUCAUAUUCAAGCACCAUUCGUUUUGUUGAAGAGGAUUUGACUCUCAAUUCAGAGACUGGCAACUGCUGUCUGCGGAAGGGAGACUUCAUAGCCAUCUUUCCUCCAAUCAUACAUAGUGACCCCGAAGUCUUUGAAGCUCCGGAGGAGUUUAGAUUCAAUCGUUUCAUGGAAGAUAAUAAGAAGAAAACUACCUUUUUCAAAAGAGGGAAAAAACUGAAGUUUUACAUAACACCAUUUGGAUUCGGAGCCAAUAAAUGCCCAGGCCGAUUUUUGGCAGUUAUAGAAAUAAAGCUAUUGUUAUUUUUAUUAUUAACUUAUUUUGAUUUGGAAAUAAUUGAAAACAAACCUAUAGGACUAAACCACAAACGUUUGUUGUUUGGUAUUCAAUAUCCAGAUUCUGAUUUUUUGUUUAGGUACAAGGCAAAAUCUUAGAGAAGCUAAAAUGGAGGAAAUCUAUUAAAAUGAAUCUAAAUGUCUUAAGCUCACUUAUUUGUUUAAAAUUUCUGCAAAUGUAAUUGCUAGGCUUAUUUGUUUAAAACAUAAAAUAAAAUGGGAUAGCGGUGUAAAAAUGGACAUCAGAUCAACUUUGUGAUAAGUUCAAAAUAGUUUUUUAUAGUUUCUGCUUGUUGUGAUUUUUACUGGUUAUAAUAAAUGUACCUUCACAGACAGAAAUUUGGCACUAGGGAAGUUAUUUUAAG